AUGCAGGAGCUGUUAUCCAGAAGCAAAGUGUUCCACGACACGCACGAAGAGUUCAUCCGUGAUUUGAUUGUGUCCUGCAAUCGCCGUGAGUACCCAGUCAAUCGCUACCUGAUGGAAGAAGGAAUGAAAGGGGACUCAAUGUACGUUCUCUUCAAGGGCGUGGUUGAGGUCACCUCUGGCGGUCGCUAUGUGUGCAAAUUGAAAGAUGGCUCCAUCAUUGGCGAGACGGCGUUGUUGAAUGUGGACAACCGCCGGACAGCCUCCGUCAGAUCCCUGGCGCAAUGUGAUGUAGCUAUCAUCUCGCGCUUCAGUUUCCACUCGAUUCUAGAGAAAUACCCGUGGGAAAAGCGGAAGUUCCAAAGAGAAAUGAAGCACAAGCUCAUGGAGCUAGGUAAGCUUAUAGAUGUGAAGGAUGACAUCAAUCUGGAGCAGCAGGCGACUCAAUGCGAUGCACUGAAGCAGCUGCCAUUCUUCUCGGACAACAGUGAAUCGAUGCAUGAAUUUGUCGCAGAGCUUGCAAUGAAUACGUCAACCUACUGGUACCAGCCAGGAAAGGUGCUCGUACAGGAAGGCGACGUCAAUUGCGAUGAGAUGUUCAUACUACUUCGUGGUGCUUGUGAGGUUUCCUCCUGCGGUCAGUUCUUGGGUAGGAUAGAAGAAGAGGUCAUUGGUGAGAUCGGCAUUCUAGAUUUGCUGGAGCGACGGACGGCGACCGUGAAGACUGCAACUGCUUGUCAGUGCAUGAAGCUCUCACGGCAGGUCAUGGUCCCGAUACUGGCCAAGUAUCCUGAUGCUCGCCUGCGCCUGCUGGAGCUGGCAAGGACCCGCCUCACGGCCAUCAAUGAAGCGAUGGGACCACAGGAUGGACCCGAUAAGGGCACGGUCGCAGUUCAGGACAUUUGCGGACGCUUGCCUGGAUGCGCUAUUGGAUUCGGGCCGCAUGUGCCACAAGUUGACGCCAGCCUGCUGGCCAUGAGUCCCGUCUUCCAGGAUGCGCCAAUUCCCCUUGUCUAUGCGUUGAGCCAGCGAAUGGUAGACAAGAAGUUUGAAGAUGGAGAGGUCAUCCUGAAGGAUGGAGAGGUCUUUCAGCCUGGCCGCGACUUUGUGUAUUUCAUUGUAAAGGGUGAGGUGGAAAUCUGGAAAGAAGGUAACUUUGUGGUUCUGCUCAAAGCCGGCGAAACGUUCGGUGAACUGGCUGCGCUACGAAAGCUCCCUGCACGGCAGGCAACUGCCAAGGCAAAGGGCGAAGUGAGCUGCAGAGCUGUUCUUGCGAGGUCUCUGCUAGAGGUGCUGGAUCAGCAUCCCAAUGAUCUGAUCAAGGAAAUCUGGGAGGAGAUCAUGACAGACAGGGAAGCACAGAUGAAGCAGAAGCUAGGCUUGCACAACCACUUGACGCACAAAACGGUGGACAUUGACUUCAUGUUCUUUAAGCUGCCGUCAAUGCAGAAGGACGAGAAGGUAACUCCGAGACAUCAAUCUAUGGCGCAGGCUCUGCAGGACUUGGAGGUAUAUGAGUGGACUGCUACUGGAAAAGUUCCGGUAAAGAAGGUCAGAAACCUCCCUCCACUGGCCAUCGGCUAG